AUGAAGUGUGAAUUCACCGUCUCCCUCUCACAACAUCAUCCAAUUGCAUUUGAAAAAGAACCAUAUGACGUGACGGUCUUUCAAGGUCAUUCAUUGAUCCUCGAUUGUGCUGUCCAUUCGCCAACUCCAUAUGAGGUGGUCUGGUUGAAAGAUAGCUCAAUCAUCAAAACAUACGAUUCUCACAGGCAGCUGUUGAUGAACAAUUCUCUGUACAUCCAAUCAUUCGACGAAAGUUCCUCAGAAACAGACGCAGGGACGUACCAGUGUGAAGCAAGAAUCAAAAAUGUCGGCUCUGUCAUGUCCAGGAGGGCUACAGUUGUCGGUCGACCAAGGGAGGUGCACAAUGUAACUUUGCACGUUUCUCAAGAUGGCAACAUUUUUAUGCCCUGCUACGAUGAUCAACUGAAACUUGUGGACCAUCGAGCUGUCGAGUGGCUGAAGAAUGGACAAAAAAUGAAUGUUAAAAAAUAUGACGAAGAUGAUAAUGAAUUAACAUAUAAAGAAAAUUUAACUCAUCUCAAACAUGAUAAUAUCAUUCAACACGUGGAUGCACAACUUGAAAUCGUUCGAGCAAAAUUCCAUCACGCUGGAAUAUAUGAAUGCAUGAUGUAUCUGCAAGAUGAUUUCAAGAAGAUUGUGAAACGUCUGAACCUUAUUGUGGAUCCUUCAAAAGAUCCUAAUAAAAGAGAAAAUUACAACGUUAGUUUCUUUGAGGUGAACGCUCGUGUCGGAGAAACAACUGUCCUCGAGUGCCUCGUCGAUUCACACGAAAGUGGAAAAUUCAGUUGGACAAAAAAUGAUGAAUUAAUACGUUUCAGUGAAGGAAAGUAUGAAGAGCACGGACGAUGCAGUCUCUACAUAAAGAACGUGAGCAGUGAUGAUGCAGCAUUCUACAAAUUGCAUGUCGAGACGUCAAAACGGCGAUACAGCAAACAGACCCACCUCAAUGUUCAAUCUCUACCGUCUUUUGUUGAAGCGAAUGCUGCAGUUAUUGAAGCAAGGGUGGAUGAGGAUGUGCUGUUGAAGUGUCGAGUGCACGCUGAACCCCACCCUACGCUCGAGUGGUUGAAAAAUGGGGAUGUACUCAUGAACAACGAAUAUUUGCAAGUAACAAAAACAGGCGACCUUCAAAUCAGCAAUCUGUUUUCUAGUGACGCUGGUUUGUACCAAUGCGUUGCCGAUAACAGGCUCGGUAACAUACAGGCCAUAACACAACUUUUGGUGCAUAACAUUGAAGAUUACGAGUCUAAUUCAGCAGAAAUUGCAAGCGACAGUCUUGUCUCUUAUGUGCCUCACAACGUGAAUGUUCGAGCAACAGAUUCAAAGUCGCUCCUGGUCACCUGGCAGUUUUCACAUUUCGACAGAGACUCCAUCCAUUUUUUAGAAUUUUUGGUUCAGCACAAGAGAGCGGGAGAGGAUGAUUUAUAUAAAAUGAUAACAUCUAAAAUUGACGGUCACAAAAGGAGUCUGGAGAUUAAUGAUCUGCCUCGAAAUUCUGAAUGGUUGGUGCGAAUGUGUGCAGUUGUGAACAACUCAACAGGAAUGUACACCGAGUGGACAAGUGCACGAACUCUUCAAUAUGAUCUCAACGAAAUGAAACAGCCUGGAAGGUUAUCUAGUUUGAACGUUCAGUCAACAUCCACCAGUUUAAACAUCAGUUGGACGCCACCUGUAGACGGCACCAUCAAAAUCAGGGGCUACAAGCUGAGCUACGGGUUUCAUUUUUCUAAAAUCUUAUCAAAAAAUGCUCACAAUUGUGACAGAAAACUUAAUAAAAUUAUAUACAUCAAGAGUGUGUUGGACAUGGAUGAAAAAUAUCCGAAUCCUCAAACACCAGCUCCUCAAAAAAUAUCCGACUCCUACUCUACGUAA